UAACAAAUAUUAUACUAAAGCGUCCAAUAUAUAAUAAUUCCUCCCAUCGCUCCUUUGUCUCCCUUGAUAUAAUUUCUUCCUCUUCUUCUUCUUCUUCUUCUUCUUCUCUCUCUCUACCCUCUUUUAUGCUUUUCCAUCAAUGGAGCUUGAAGGUUCCUGGUUCUUGCAGUUUCUUCAGUACCCUUGCUUUUGCUUCCUUGCAUUAUUUUUUCUAAUAUUUUUUUUCUUGCUCUGCCUGGUUACACUAAAGCCUUGGUGCAACUGUGAAAUUUGUCAUAGUUUUCUCACGUCGAGUUGGUCCAAACAAUUCGAUAAUCUUUGUGAUUGGUAUGCCCAUCUUCUGAAAACCUCUCCGAGUGGAACCAUCCACAUACAUGUUCUUGGAAACACGAUCACCGCCAACCCCGGUAACGUCGAGUACAUGCUCAAAACAAGAUUUGAGAAUUACCCAAAAGGCAAACCCUUCUCCAUGAUCUUGGGUGAUUUUCUAGGUCGAGGUAUAUUCAACGUGGACGGGGACCUAUGGAAAUUCCAGAGAAAGAUGGGGAAUCUAGAGCUCAACAAGUACUCCAUGAUAUCGUAUGCGUUCGAGAUAGUCAAUUGCGAGAUUAAAAGUCGACUUGUCCCGCUUUUAUCCUCUACUGCAGGCAAAGAAGAUGGAGUUUUGGAUUUACAAGACGUGUUUCGAAGAUUUUCGUUCGAUAGCAUAUGCCGAUUCUCGUUUGGGUUGGACCCCAUGUGCCUGGAGUUGUCACUUCCUAUGUCCGAAUUCGCUGUUUCCUUUGACCUAGCUUCAAAAUUGUCAGCCGAGAGAGCCAUGACUGCUUCCCCGCUUGUGUGGAAGAUCAAACGGAUGCUCAAUAUAGGUAGCGAGAAGAAAUUAAGAGAAGCUAUUAGUACGAUAAACAUUUUGGCUCAAGAAGUCAUAAGACAGAAGCGCAAAAUGGGAUUUUCCACUCAUAAAGAUCUCUUGUCUCGUUUCAUGGGCACUGUAAGUGAUGAAACAUAUUUGAGAGACAUCGUUAUAAGCUUCCUCUUAGCUGGUCGUGACACCAUUGCGUCAGCCUUGACUAGCUUCUUCUGGCUAUUGGCAAACCAUCCGGACGUGGGGUCAGCAAUCCAGCUGGAGGCAGACGGAGUCAUCGGAGCAAACCAGGAGCUCUCAAGCUUCGAACAGCUCCGAGAGCUCCAUUAUUUACAAGCUGCAGUGCAUGAGAGUAUGAGACUCUAUCCUCCUAUACAAUUCGAUUCAAAGUUUUGUCAAGAGGAUGAUGUCCUUCCUGAUGGGAUCUUUGUGAGGAGAGGCACUAGGGUUACUUACCAUCCCUAUGCAAUGGGUCGGAUCGAAGAAAUUUGGGGGCCAGAUUGCUUAGAAUUUAAGCCAGAAAGGUGGUUGAAAGAUGGCGUAUUCUUCCCAGCAAACCCUUUUAAGUACCCAGUUUUCCAAGCUGGACCUAGGGUCUGUUUGGGCAAAGAAAUGGCUUUAGUGGAGCUAAAAUGUCUCUCUCUUUUAUUGCUUAGACGAUUCCACAUCGAAUUGAAGACACCGAGCCGCACGCCCUUGUUCUCCCCGGGGCUCACCGCUUCCUUUAGAGGCGGACUCCAGGUCUUGGUGCGGGAAAGAGAGACACCUUUAUAACUCACAUCUCCCGUGUUUCUGUAAGAAGUUAUAUUAUUCCUGAUGAUCAUGUGAUUGAAAACUUUUGCUGUGAUGCAUUAUUAAUUUACUGUGAUGUCAAGCCGUGCCCCAAUGAAAUGAAAUUGCAGGUUGUAGUGAUUUAGAGGAAUGUGACGUGGGAUCUGAUGGCCUACAUGAUGAGCCAUCACAUACCUGAAAUCUCUCUGGUUGGUGUCGGUGGGAUUUUUUCUUUCUUGGUGUACCGGUAUGAUUGCAGAUGGUACUGUUUUUUGACUGUGCAGCUGGACAUUCCAUCGUGGAAUCUUACGGUCUGCCAGUUUACUGCACUUCAUUGUAAGCCCCAAAAUUGUGGUUAUUUGUAUAAGCUGGUUGUCAGCAAUAUUGUGAAUAUCAUGUAUGAACUAGCUAGUUACUACUACUUAUGUGACUAAUUGGA